AUGGCAGCACGAAAACUGCAACAAGAAGUCGACAAGUGCUUCAAAAAGGUGGCGGAAGGCGUAGCUGAAUUCGAGGCCAUCUACGAAAAGAUUGAACAGUCCAAUAAUAUCUCCCAAAAGGAGAAGCUGGAAGACAACCUCAAGCGCGAAAUAAAGAAGCUACAGAGGCUUCGCGAUCAGAUCAAGACAUGGGCAGCAAGCAACGACAUCAAGGACAAGGCCCCUUUACUUGAGCACCGCCGACUGAUCGAGACGCAAAUGGAGAAGUUCAAGGCAGUCGAGAAGGCCAUGAAGACGAAGGCAUACUCCAAGGAAGGGUUAGCCUCUUCAGCGAAGCUCGAUCCCCAAGAACAGGCAAAGGCGGAAGCAAGCGAUUUCCUCAACAACAUGGUCGACGAGCUGGAGCAACAAAUCGAGACUCUGGAGGCCGAAGCCGAGGCGAUACAGGCGACUAUGAAGAAGGGCAAGAGCCAGACUGCCAAGGCGGAGCGAAUGGCCGAGAUCGAACGCAUCAUCGAGCGGCAUAAGUGGCACCAGGGCAAGCUCGAGCUUAUUCGAAGGUCUCUAGAGAAUGGCGGAGUCGAUACGGAUCAGGUUACCGACCUUGAGGAGACGAUUCGGUACUAUGUCUCGGACGGCAUGAACGAUGACUUCAUCGAGGACGAAGAGAUGUACGAGGAGCUCAACCUAGACGAGGAGGAGGGCGUAUACGGCGUUCCGCAAGAUGGCGACAAGAACUCUUCGCAAGACACCCAAUCUUUGGCGGACGAACCUAUACCGGAACCCGAUGUCGUGAAGCCUCCUCCGAAGCCAAAGGCAGUGGCGGAAGCAUCCGCAUCAGGGCGGAGGUCUAGUGCGCAAUCCAAGUCCCCUCUACCCGCGCUGGCAACUUUGCACACGCCAUUACAGACUAUCAGCAGCAAUGUCGCAGCAAAUGGACCGGCUAUGAAGCCAGCCAUCGUCCCCGCGAGGCCAGCCGAGGGCCUCAAAUACGCGUCGGCUGCGGCGGCUGCGGCGGCAUCAGACAAGAUCGGCAUUUCUCCCUUGCCACCUCCACCAGGCGCUGCACCGAUCAAUUCAGGAACCCCGGCGACGCAAUCCAAGAGCAGCGCUGCAGGCUCUCCAGCGCCCACGCCGGCACAUCCUGUUGCGGCGAAGGAACCAGAACCCAAACAGUCUGCAGCGCCCUCAAGCAGCGCAAGCGAAACCCCGGCGACAGUUGCGAAGCCAACACCGGUUCAGACCAAGGCGGAGAAACGUGCGCUCAAGAACCAAGCUGCGGCGGAGGCAUCGGCAGCAGUCAAGGGUGAGUCUUUAUCCAUAGAUUGCCAAUUGCAUGACGUAUUAACCUUUGCAGCACCUCAAACAAACGGUGGUACAAAUGGUGUAAGUUCCUCCGUAGAGGAGGAAGAGGAGUCGAUAUACCACCUCCCCUCUUCCCUGCAAGACCUUGUCGAGUCUUUCGAGGUAUCUCGCAAGCGGCCAGCGCCCUUCUCUUCGCCUUCAACGCAACGCAUGCUUCAGGCAAGCCAGGCCAUGUGCCCCGACAUUAUGGACACGGACGUGCCCAGGACCUACCGUCCUGAACUGCGUCUGAACUCCACCGGCGUGGGCUUUCCCCAGGAGCCGCUCGCACUGUUCGACGACCCGCGAUUGUACUCCCGGAUCGACCCCGACACACUCUUCUACGUCUUCUACUACAAGCAGGGCACGCCUCAGCAAUAUCUGGCUGCCAAGGCCCUCAAGGACCAGAGUUGGAGGUUCCAUAAGCAAUACCAGACCUGGUUCCAGCGUCACGAGGAGCCCAAGAACAUCACCGAGGAGUUUGAACAGGGCACCUACCGCUUCUUCGACUACGAGAGCACUUGGAUGAACCGCAGAAAGGCGGACUUCAAGUUCGCGUACAAAUUCCUAGAGGACGAUGUAUGA